AUAUAUAUAUAUAUAUAUAUAACACUUAUGAACUUUUUUUCUCUUUCUUUUUUAUGCUUUUUCUUGUUUUAUUAAAAAAAAAAAAGACAACUUUUAAAUCAUCAAAGUUCUUUCAAUCAUGGCACAUCUAGUAAAUAAAUUAAUUGGACAGUAUUGGUAUGAUCAAUUAUGUUUGACUUUUACUCUAGAUGAUUUUCCCCCUUUACAUUCCUUAACAUUCGACGAAUGGCAUUGGAUCCACGAUGAUGAUCUUGUACCGGAUGAUCGACCUUUGACAAUAACAACUUGUUCAGUGAAUAACAUCAAUGAUUGGACAAUCAUCAUGGACGAACAGAAGCAAGUACCUCAGCUUUUGUAUUCAGAUAUUGUUAAAGAUAACAAAAAAUCAUCAGUCAUCCUUCGUUGUUGUCAUCGAACAUCAAAAAGAAAAUUGAUUCCACCCAAAAAAGGCAAACGGCGGGAUUCGGCGACGGUAGGAUUCGAGACCAUAAAUAAUAAUGAUGAUGAUGAUGAUGAUGAUAUUGAUGAUCUUUGGUCCCAAUACAAGAGUUCUUCUCAUCAACGAUAUAAAACCAAAUAUCAUCCAUCAAAGAGAUACAUGAUCAAAAAAAGAGAAAAAGAAUAUCCUAAUGAUGAUGAUGAUGUCGAUCAUGAUAAUAUUGUGGUUGCGAUUAAAAAGAAAAAAUCACCUCGGCGUUACAGAAUUCAUCGAUUCGUACGACACCAACAUCGCCAAAACAACAUACGGCGCCGCCAUUGAAUAUGAUAAUGAAAUUUUAUUUUUCUAUCCACCCCAUUCUUUAUAUAUAAAUAUAUACAUAUAUUAUAUGAUAUACAGAUGAUGUAUGCAUCAACCCCCCUUCAAUCAUUCAAAUCUUAUAAAUAAUAAAUAAUACAUGAAUAAUAUCUUGUAAAAGAUGCA